AUGGCCACGAUACAACCACACCUCCAACACCCUCCGCAGGAAUACCAACUCCCUCCACCACAUGGAGCAUACCAACGUCCUGCUGAUAUAUAUGGCCACCCGGCCCCAGCUCCACCCCCUGUGGUUUAUCCGGCUGCCGCUCCAAGACAACGAACUGCGAUAGCCUGCAGGUAUUGUAGGAGACGGAAGAUUCGAUGUUCCGGAUUCGAAUCCUCUCAGGAUGGACGAUGCAGCAAUUGCGUUCGAUUUAACCAGGAAUGCAUGUUCACGCCAGUUUCAUCGCAAGCGCAAGCCUUUGUCCCUGCCCAAGCAGUCUACAAUCAUUUUCGCACCACGGCACCACGGGGCGGCCCUCGAGCAGAUGCGAUCCCAUUAUAUGGUGCACAUGGCCAACCACUUCCUCCGCCGCAACCACCACAACACCCACAAGAUGGACCUCUCCCUCCUCCACAAAGUUUAUAUCCACCUCCUGCUUAUGGAAGGCCUCUCGUCGACGAGCGCCCUCCACCCCCUCAUUUACAACCUCCACCUAUGCAACCAGAUCAUGUGAGUCGGAAACGUCCCCGCCCCGACGAGCCUUCCCUUCCUCAUCAUUCUCGCGACCCUGUUUCGGCCUCGAGUUCUGAUGUCUCACAAUUUUCUGGACAGAGAUCCUCGGUAACCUCGCGUGACUCGAGAGAAUACAACUUCUCUGAAUCAACCACCCUUCCUCCUGUCUCAACGGCUGUCUCUGGGGCGGCAUUCACUAGCCAUACAUCCCAGGCGCCGUACGACAGACGUUCGUCGUCACAUUCCCAAUAUUCAUUCGAGCAUCGACAUUCUUCGUCGCCCCACGGCUCUACAUCGUCCAAUCUCCCAUAUCCACCUAUCCAACAACAGCACCCUCCACCUUCCAUGCCAAUUCGAACCCCACCCCCAGGGCCAGCAACUGGCUCAUCUGGCAGUCGUGGCCUGAGCGUGAGGGAAAUGCUGGGUCCAGAUACCCAAGUCACACGAAGUUCCACCGACAGCGACAUGCUCAAUGCCCUGAAUCGGAGGGUUUAA